AUGGAAUCAAAUUCCGAUUAUACUGAAAUCAAAGGAUUUAGGGUGCAGGAGUCUGAAAAUGAGUUAAAAUUAGAAUUAAGAAAGAGAGUAGAAAAUGUUGAAAUUUUAAUUUGCAUUGAUUGCUUAAUAAAAAAGAAAAUUUUGAUAAUGAGAAAUAAGAAAAGUAGUGAUUAGAUGUAUUAAAUUAGACUGAUACUCUAGUUUAAUAACUCUAGAAUCCUUAUUUGAAUCAAAUAAUUUUAAUAUUUAUCUUACAAAAGGGAAUGGAAUUAUGUCUUGUUACGAAUGUUUAGCUUACAGAAGCAAUGUAAAAAUGAAACUCCUUAUUUAUAGAUUUAAAUUAAUAUGAUCUAAAUAAUUGAUAACUUGAAGAACUUAAACUAAUUCCAAGAUAAAAAAGAGUGGUUAUCGCAUAUUUAGGGAAUCAUCUUAUUAAUCUAAUAAUAAAUAAGUUAUAAAAUGAGAUUUUAAAUUAUCUAAACAGUAUUGGAAUAGACUAUGAACUUGGAUCAUUUGUGA